ACAAGUUCUUUUUGGUCCUAGUUGUUCUCCGUAGCACGCAGUUCUACAACGUGUGAGCAGAGAAGUCAGGGCUUUUGGUUUGCAAGGCUCCAAGUGCUGCUAACACAGGCAAAACAUAUCAAUAACCAUGGCAGAAAACCAAGAAAAAAUGUCUCCAGUUGAGAUGAAAGUGGCACGACAAGUAGAGUAUUAUUUUGGGGAUCACAACCUCCCAAGAGACAAGUUUCUCAAAGAACAACUGCAGCUCGAUGAUGGCUGGGUGACUUUGGAGACAAUGCUCAAAUUCAACAGACUGAAGUCUUUAACUACAGACAGCAGCGUCAUUGUUGCAGCUCUCCAGAAAUCAAAGACAGGCCUAUUGGAGCUCAGUGAAGACAAGACUAAAAUCAGGAGGUCUCCAGACAAACCCUUACCAGAACAGGAUGAUGAAUACAAAGACGCACUAAAACACAGAUCUGUGUACAUUAAAGGUUUUCCUCUUGAAACAACUCUUGAUGAGAUUCAGGAGUGGCUGAAUGGGAAAGGCAACAUAGAAAACGUUCAGAUGAGGAGAAACCUGCAAAGGCAAUUCAAGGGGUCAGUGUUUGUCUGUUUUGACACCGAAGGGUCAUCUAAGCAGUUCUUAGAACGUUCAGACAUAAAAUCAUUCAAAGAUAACGAGAUGCUCGUGUUACCAAGGGAAGAUUACCAUGCAAAGAAAGUUGAAGAGAGAAAACAGUUCAAAGCAGAGACUAAAGCAAAAGCUAAACAGGAAAAAGAACAGCAGCAGAAACAAGUAGAAGAAAAAGAAAUGGGUCUCCUCUUGGAUGAACAGACUGGUUGUCUAUUAAAGUUUUCUGGAGAACUUGAAGAUGUUUCAAGGGAGGACUUUCAUGAACUGUUCUCAGGGCAUGGAAAGAUAAAGUGGGUUGACUUCACAAGAGGGGCCAAGGAGGGCACCCUGCUUUUUGAUGGAAGUGCAAAAGAAGCCUUUGAAAAAGCCAAAGCGGCAAAUGAUGGCGAACUGAAAAUCAAGGACAACAGUGUUACCUGGCAGCUGCUUGAGGGAGAUGAAGAGAAAGAGAUGCUGAAGAAGAUCAUUGAAGCUCAGCAAGAAUCGUACAGCAGGUCCAAAGGAAGAGGUGGAAGAGGAAGAUCAGGUGGCAGAGGAAGAGGAGGGCGAAGGGGAAGAGGUGGCAGAGAUCAUGGAAGAACUCAGUACCAAGGAAAAAAGACUAAAUUUGAUAGUGAUGAUGAAGAAGAUGAGGCACCAAAGAGAGAACUCAAAGGUGGUGAUGGUCCUCCUGCGAAAGUUGCCAAAACUGAAAAUGGAUCUUAAUAAUGAGGUUAAACUCAACAUUUUUCUUGAGUAAAAAAACAUUUAUUACAAAUGACAAAAAUGCAGAGGCAUCUUAUAUCCAUUCCAGUGAGAGCUUCAGGCUUUGGAGAAUCGUAGGAAGUCCACCUGGAUGUCAACCUAGAGAAGAAACAUUUGCAAAGCUAGGAUUCAGUUUUUGGCCUUUUAAGUCCUUUAUAUGUUGUGCCUCUCACAUUAUUUGUGUACCAAUAUCUCCCCUUAAAGAUAUUUUAAUUUUAGCACAUCAAAUACAAUCCUGCUUUUGACGGUAAUUUAAUUUCAAAGAAUUUUAGUUAAUUUUUUGCUUGUUUUGUAAGACUUGUGUGAUAUCUAGAAUCUGUGUGCCAAUGGUUUUUCUUUUUAGAUUUCCUACACUGAGUGAUGAGAAUGUGCUUGGCUCUUUUUUUUAUGUUUGCAUACGUGAUAGCAAAUAAAAUGUUUAUAAAAACAAAAGAUCGUGUUUGAAUCUAAUGGAUACCAUGUUAUCUCACAUCUGUUGGGCUUACCGAUUUCUUUUUGUGGAACUUGUAAGAUGCUGGCAAGUCAUAUCGUAGUUCUGUAAAGGAAGCAUUUUAUCAGUGUUUAAAUAUCACUGUAGAAAAGACAUUUGCAUUUUACUGACCUGCAAUGACUUCCAUUUUUACACCCCAGUCAUUGGCUUUCUUCUGUAUGUGCUGUAAAUGGAUAAGAAACCAUUUUAGCCUUCAUAUCAAACAUGUCAGGUACAUAAGUUAGGAUUUGACUGGGAUGAAAAAAAAGUACUUGCUUGUCACUAAAGUUAUUUAGUCAGCAUUGGCCAACUUGAUUUUAUUGUUUUUAAAGCAAAUAAACCAGUGCUGUCAGUGCCUGAACUGCUGAA